UUAAAAUUCAAAAUGCAAUCAAAUGCCAGUCGAACCGAGCAAUGAUAAGGAGGUUUUUUUUAAUUAUUUGAAUUGAAUGACAAAAAGUCAAAAAGCAUGCAAAACUGAAUAGGACAACCUGCAGUACACAUGAAAGAAUUGAACUAAUGAAUCUUUUACCGAACGGCAAAUGAACACGAUCAGAAUUUCCCAAGACAAAAAAUGUUUGGGAAUUCUUUCGCAUUUGCGCUUCUAAUCGUGGGACUAUCUCCUCUUUUGAAUUCAAAAGAAAUCAGGAGACACAAGGGCAUCAAAUCAAAAAAUGACGGUGAUGGAAGAGAAUUAAAAACCAAAUUCCAUUGGGUAAAAGGUCGUCAAGCAAACCGAAAAGAGGACGGUAUUCCAUGGGAAAAAAUCAAUAUUUCACCCGAGCAGUGUUUCGAUAGAGAUGAAAAGAAAUGUCGUGCGCUCGCUAAAAAAGGAAAUUGUAUAAAGAAAUUUGACGAUGCACUAGCGAACUGUCCAUGGAGUUGCAGAUUCUGCAAACGUUCUCCAAUGUACGAUCCCCAGAAUUGCACAAAUCUCGCAGGUUCAAACUGCAAAAAUUGGAAAGAAAAAGGAGAUUGUAUACGUCUUCCUGAUUUCAUGCUGCAAAACUGCGUGMAAGCUUGUGAGCUGUGUGGACCAGAAACGCAAGCCAUGGACCAAGACGUUCGAUGUCCAGAUUGGGCUAAAGACGGCUAUUGUUCAACAAAUCAAGAAAUACGUACGGUUUGUUUGUACAGCUGCACCAAAUACAGCGAUGUUGGAGCAGCUCCAAAUCCAUACCCUUUCCCAAUCAUUGCACUCCAUCCCUAUAUGCCGACACCACUACCAACGACUCCACCGACACAGGCUCCUCAACCAACUGUCCAGCCACCUCAAACAACGACCAAACCAGAAGAAACAACUACUGCUAAUCAAGGACAAACCACAGAAAAACCAACGGAAACCACUGCGCAACCAAGUGAAUCAAGUGCAACUACAACAGCACCUACACCACAACAGCCUAAUCAACCUAAGGAGUCUGUUCAACCUCAGCAACCUGAUCAAUCUCAACAACCUAAGCAGCCUAAUCAACCUCAAUACUCUGUUCAACCAGUUCAAUCUCAACAUACUGAAGAAGAAGAAGAAGAAGAAAACGAACAGCAAGAAGAAAAUGAAGAGCAGCAAAAUCAAAAUCAAUCUAAGCAGCCUGAUCAAAGAAAGGUGUCCGUUCAAGCUCAACAACCUGAUCAAUCUCAACAACCUAAGCAGCCUGAUCAACCGCAGAAGCCUAAUCAACCUCAAUAUUCUGUUCAACCAGUUCAAUCUCAACAUACUGAAGAAGAAGAAGAAGAAGAAGAAAACGAACAACAAGAAGAAAAUCAAAAUCAAAAUCAACAACCUAAUCAACCUCAGCAGCCUGAUCAAACUAAGGAGGCCGUUCAACCUCAACAAAUUUAUCAGCCUGAUCAACGAAAGGAGGCCGUUCAACCUCAACAACCUUAUCAACCCCAGCAGCCUGUUCAACCUAAGGAGGCUGUUCAAUCUCAGGAAGCUGUUCAACCCCAACAACCUUAUCAAUCUCAACAGCCUGAUCAACCUAAGCAGCCUGAUCAACCCAAGGAGGCCGUCCAACCUCAACAACCUUAUCAAUCUCAGCAGCCUGACCAACCUAAGGAGGCUGUUCAACCUCAGCAACCUGAUCAAUCUCAACAACCUAAGAAGCCUAAUCAACCUCAAUACUCUGUUCAACCAGUUCAAUCUCAACAUACUGAAGAAGAAGAAGAAGAAAACGAACAGCAAGAAGAAAAUGAAGAGCAGCAAAAUCAAAAUCAAUCUCAGCAGCCUGACCAACCUAAGGAGGCCGUUCAACCUCAACAAAUUUAUCAACCCCAGCAGCCUGAUCAACCUAAGGAGCCCGUUCAACCUCAACAACCUCGGCCCAUUCAGCAAAAUACUGAGGAAGAUACUCUUGAUAAAAAGUAUGGUGAAAAAAGUCCACAACAACAACGAUUUUUGAAUUUUUCAGUCCCAAAAGGGAUAGAUUGGAAAAAAAUCAACAUAGACCCAAAGGAUUGUAAAGAUUAUAACGAGGAAUGCCAAUCGUUUACUGAAAGUGGGAAGUGUGAGUCCGAAUUUAAAAAAAUGUUGAAAAUGUGUCCUUGGAGCUGCAGGUUCUGUGCUCGUCUAAAGAGUUACCCAUGGUCUGCAGACAAAAGGAAGUGCGAGGACUUGGCUGGCAAAGUUAACUGUGAACCUUGGGAAAGUAAAGGAGAUUGCAUCAAGUUACCUGACUACAUGUUGCAGAACUGUAGGAAGAGUUGUAAAUUGUGUGGAACUGAAAGUAAUGAAGAAGACCAGGACACCCGAUGUCCACAAUGGGCCGAACAUGGCUAUUGCACAACUGACGUGGACAUCAAAUUAAAAUGUCCUUAUAGUUGCGAGAAAAACAAAGAUGUUAGACCAGCAACUGAGCCAUUCCCUCAGCCAAUAGAAGCUCCUCAUCCAUACCAACCUACUCCACUUCCUUGGCCUGUUCCGGCACCAGGAUACCCGUACCCAUAUCCAGCUCCAGUCACUCCUUCUUAUCCAGUUGCCCCUACACCUGUUCCUUAUCCGUAUCCACAACCAAUAGAACCUCCGAUGUUCCCAACACCACCACAGCCACAGUAUCCACCACCACAAUAUCCCCCUCCCGUUCCCCCACCACCGCCUGCUCAACCACAAUAUCCCCCACCACAAUAUCCCCCUCCCGUCCCACCACCACCGCCUGCUCAACCACAAUAUCCACCACCACAAUACCCCCCUCCCGUUCCCCCACCACCGCCUGCUCAACCACAAUAUCCCCCUCCUCCCCCACCACAGUAUCCCCAAACACAAUAUCCUGCUCCUUAUCCUUAUCCCGCUUCGCAACCACAAUACCCCCCACCACCAUCCUACAAAGAAGAAGGAGAACAACCGAUGCCACCUAAGSGUCCAUCAGACAUCAAUGCRGUGUCAGAACGACGGCCGACWUCUYCUGUAUCAUCCGGUCAAGGAGCACCAGAAGAGACAGAACAAUCAUCUAGUCAGGCACCAACAGCARCAGGACCAGAGCAACCUUCGCGAUCAUCAUCCGAAACCAAUUCAGCGUCUAAGYUAUCACCUGAAUURGUAACAAAGCCGGCAGAAACUCAACAACCAUCCCUCGGAACUAAGACCGAACAACAAUUGCCAGGGGUCUCAUCAUGUGGCCAAGCAGUAGUACAACCAAUGCCACCUGAACAACCAUCCACUACAGAAGCACUUCCAGGUACACAGCCAGUAACUAAGCCAACAGCAUUGCCAACUUCUGUUAAAACUACUACCGAAUCGGCUAAACCGUCCACUCCAGAAACCACACAAAUACAUCUUUGCAUAUCAACUGGAACUCCAGUAAAUGAAAAAAAGGAGAGCAAAGAGGAACAAAUUAUCGGUGAAGGAGAAGAAAUUAUAUCCACAACAACACAAGUUGUGACAAUUUCAAGUGGAAAUGGUGUCGAUGAUAGCGAGAACGACAACAGCAAGCCUGAUGAUGAUGAUGAUAACAACGAUGUCGAUGAUAACAGCGAAAAUGAAAUUGAUGUUGGUAUCAGUGAAAACCCUUUCAAUGUUAACAAUGAUAAUGAGGAUAGGGAGGAUGACCUUGAUUUUAAUGAUAUUAUUGAGAAGAUAUUCAAAGAGAAAAAAGGUCAUAAACACAAAAAACAUCGUCAUAAUAAGAAACAUGAAUGAAAAAUGAUAUAAAAAAAUAGUUUGCUAAAAAGAU